AUGUUCGAUAUGUUUCUGGCGUUGCGCCGCAAGCCAGAUUGCCAGGGCCAAGGAUUGCAGACGAUCGUCCUCAGCCCAGAAGAUACACCGUCAGAUUUCGCGCGCUGUAUCCUGCAGGGCACCUCCACAACAUUGCGUUCAACUCUGGCACCCGCAUCUGAAGUGUGGCGUCCUUUGCACCAUUUUUCCCACUUGCGCAGUGUAUCAGAGAACCCGGUCGUGAAGUGGGACUCCUGGGCAAGCUGGCCGAAACAUGAGGUGGUUGCGACAUCAGUUGCUGUGCAGGGCCUGUCAGCGAAGCCCAAGCGCAACACAACGUGCCAGCAAUUGCACAUUCGAAGUGAGCCUUUUGCCAGCGGCAACAUGAGAUGGGCCUUUCCUGCUGCGUCUGACGUGGGUUUGCGCAUGGUGGUCAAGGUCCACAAGGAUGAGACAUAUGUGGGGCCAGAGAUGGCUCUUGCAGACGUUGAAACGCAGGCCUACGCGCAGCUCUUCGCGAAAGAAUUCUCGCAACAAUUCCCUGAAGCCCCGGUGCAGUUCCUGAGUUCGUGGAUGCUAGAGAUGCCGACGUGGGAGGUUGCGUGCCACGCUACCGCGGAGCCGUUCCUUCCGGGUGUCUAUGAGAAGUACACAAACAACAGCGGGUACACUUCCCAGACAGCUCAGCUUGCUGAGGCCUUCUCGCAUUUCACCUGGAGGGUUCGACCUGCAGAUCUGGACGGAUCCACAGAUACACAGCACAAAGAAGGACUUCUUCAGCUGGGGAAACUUGGGCAGUCACCAAUGCAAUUGGGAUUCGAUGCUGUUUCCGAGGGCGAGUUGUGGGAGACUGUGUCGGUAAAGUCAGACCUGCAGUCGACGGGAGCUCAGGUGGAGCAGCAGUGGGUUGGUUGGCUGCUCGGUAAGGGCGGCGCGGCUGUGCGCGAUUUGGAGGCAUCUACCGGGGCAAAGAUUUCCUUCAAUCAGGAGUCUAAGGACCAUGGCUUCAGCACCAUCAACAUGAGUGGUGCGCCGGGGCAGAUCCUCGCAGCCUACGAUUCGAUGACGGAAUCCCUGAAGCGUGCCGGCGGAGUCUUGGGUGAGCUGCCGCAUUGGAUAACCUCGAUGCAACCUGGGCGCAAACCGCCGCUGUCGGUGCUUCCCAGAGGGGGCGGCGGCCUUGGCGGUUGCGCCGGCGGCUGUGGCGGCGGCAGUGCGCCAGACCUGUCACAAGCCAUGGUUGUGAUAGCCCGGGCCUUCGUAGAGGAGAGCGGUCCCGAUGGACUGCGUCGGGUCCUGCCGUUGUUGCAGGAUCUGCUCGCGAGCCGACCGGAUCUGAUGGCGACCCUGACGCGGAUUUCGCAGUCCUCCGGCGGAUCGGCGAAAGGAGGGAAGGGAAGGGCUGCUGCAGCGGCUCGGGAGAGGAGCCGUAGUCCGCAUCGCGCCGAGGUGAAGGUCGAGCAACACCUCGUGGGCUGGUUAGUAGGCGGCAAGGGCCGCACUGUGCAGCAGAUCGAGGAGGAGACGGGAGCUUCGAUUCAUAUCGAUCAGUCCACAAAGGACGCUGGCUACAGCGUCGUCCACGUCUCCGGAAACCUCAGUGCAGUCCAGCACGCAGAGAAGCGAAUCCAGGGCUCGCUCGCGAUUUUCAACAAGGAGCCGGGUAGCGACAACAUCGAAAUGCAGGUCGAGCAACGUCUCGUCGGUUGGAUCCUCGGCAAGUCCGGCACGGUGUUGCGCGAGAUCGAGUCUCAGAGUGGUGCCUGGGUGGCCAUUGACCAAGCCACCAAGGAGCUGGGCUUCAGCACUGUGCGCAUCAGUGGCGACCCUUUGGAAUGCCAAGCAGCCAAGCAGUUGAUCGAGGUCAAAAUCAAGGAGGCCACCGCCCGGCAAGAUGGCAGCAUUGGCUUUCGGCCAUGA